GUUAAAACAGCGAAUGUAUUUCGCACUCUACUUGGUUGUAAUUUCGGUUACGUGCAUUUAUGCGAAGUGUAACCUUAAUGCCGAACCAGGCCAGUGUAUGGGCCCCUUAGAAAGAAGUCAGAUGCUCAUAUCUUCAAUGCCUGGUGUGAAUUUUGGUUGUUCUAUUAAACAGGUAGCAUAUUAUAAAGAUUCUGAUCAGAAUACUAUCUUGUGCGGGGACUGUGUGCCCGGAAUAGGCGGUUGGGAGGAUCCAGAAAGACAUUGUAAACUGGAUGAAUAUUGCGAUGACGCCGGUCGUUGCCAACCGCUAAAGUCUAGUCCUUUCUACAAGAAGUCAUGUCCUUACGAGACAAAUUCCAGUCCUAGUUACUGUGGUCCAGGUCUUAGGUGCUACCGCCACAUUUGUAUUCCGUGUAUAAAUGGAAUGAUUGACUAUAGUGAUGGAAAAAUUUGCAUAUCCAAUAUGUGGACUUAUUCUAGAUGGACUGCUAUGAUUUAUCAACCAGACGACAUCUUCCUGCUAGCAAUUUUUUUGCUACUAAUCGGCGGAUAUUUGAUGAUUUUGAUGAAUCUUUUGUGGAAAACGCGGUUAAGAGAACUAUUUAAAAAAUAUUUUGAUAAAACCCAUGAUAAAAACUACGACAAAGAAGAUGAAUACACUGAAUAAACUUAUAGUUUUGAGCCACGAUUUGCUUACCGUAUACGUUUUGCUUCGAUUUAGAAAAUUUUGCAUAAUACGUAUUUUGAUAAUGCAUUUAAAAAAAACAAACACUGCCUGGUUUAAA